CAGCUUGUCCCUGUAGUCUUUCCGUAGUUUGUCCAAAGCGCGACUUGACGUCCUGUCAAGUUAAGCAGGUAGACGGGCAGUGAGGGUUAAAACACUAUGGAAGAACAAAUGGACCUCCAGCACCCGUAUUUGAUCGGUGAUUGUCUUAUUCACAUCUUUACAUUCCUGACAGAGGAAGAUUUAAUCAAUGCAUCGAGUGUGUGUCAGGACUGGCAUGAAGCCAUAGAAACUCCGUGGAUAUGGAGGCGGUUGUGUCUGCAGCGCUGGACUUUCUGUAACUUCUCUGUGCUGCGGAGUGAACAGGUGAAUCACUCAUGGAAGAGAUACUUUCUUUGGCGUUGCCACUUAGAGGCAAAGAUGACAGAAGGCCGGAGCGGAGGUUACACCUGCAAGAGCCUCAGAGGACAUACAGGCAGGGUGGUGGGAUUGGUGUACCUGCAGGGGAAUUCAGCUCAGCGUCCUGACCUCUCGAGUAGCUGUGCCACGGUCUGCAGCGCCUCCGCUGAUGGUACAGUCCGAGCCUGGAACAUCCAGAAUGGUGAUGUCCUGUGGUGCAGUCCUGCUCAGAGUCCUCUGACCGGGAUUGUUACUGAUGAACUGCAUGAAGUUGUGAUCACAGCAGACUCUACGGGACUCAUAAAGACCUGGCAGGGUCAGACUGGACAGGAGGUGGCCUCCUUCAGUUCUGGAUCUCCACAUUGUGCAUUACUGCAGUACAAUAUCAACAAUACUUGGUUUCUGACUGUCGGAACCAGUCAGGGGGCUGUUUGCACACUAGCUGAUAUGAGUUUGACCCAAAAGUCUCGAGUCAUGGUGUGUGACUCCUUUAAAGUCAACACCCUGCUUGUGUCACCUGACAAGAAAUGGAUCAUAGCUGGAACCAAGGACAACGAUGAUUUAAGCCCAAAGGUAUUUUACACUGAGAGUUUGACCUCUCCGUCUGAGGACGAAGAGCCUCUGUGCCAGUCCGUGCCAGUCACCGGGUGCCAGGCUGCUGUCUUCAUCCCCACCCAGCCUGCCAGACUGGCCAUCAUCCACCACAACCAGCGCCCAAACAACAAAGCCCUCACUGUGUUCGAUGUCAGCAUAAAAAAGAGCAAGUACAAGUCAGAGAUCCAGGUCCAGCAGGUGGAGUCCUUCCCUCUGACUCUUGAAACCAGGUCCUCACACUACCUUCUUGAGGCCAAGGACAGCAACUGCUUAGUGUUGGCAUCUGGCCAGGAGCUAAUGGUCUACUCCCUGAAAGGAGCGCUGCUCGCUAGCUUUAAAGACCACACUAUGCCCAUUACUUCUAUAUGUGUGGACAGCUUUCGUGUGGUGACGGCGUCUCAGGACCUCUCCUUACGAGUAUUGACAUGGAGGACUGACAGAGACCACGGGUUGAGCCUGGAGAGCAGAUACCACUUACUGGGAGGCUCUCACACAAUGUCCAGCGGGUUCACCCACGUCACCUGUGACUACUCCAGCAUUGUGGCCUCUACUGAAGGAAAAGAUGGGAAAGAUGUCUUGAAAGCAUAUUCUUUCACCUCCUGAGCUUUGCUGCUUUACACAAAGGGUCCUACAUAAAGUUAGUACAACCAGAUGAAAGAGGGAACAUUUAUCUUUAUUAUAAAUGGGUCAUCAUACGUGCUUACAGUACAUUAGGAUAAUCUUUGGUAAGAUUAUUUGUACAGAAAAAGAAUGAGACAUUGCAUCGAACAGUCAUACUACAGACUAAAUUCAAACGCAGUAUGUAGUAGGCAGUACCUCCUGCUUACUACAUACCGGGUACUUGGGUAAUAGUGGUUAAACUGAGGGUUUAGAUUGGCUUCUUUUUGGUGUGGUAAAGGAAGCUCAUUUAUUUUAUUUGGAUCAAAUUAUCUUUGCCUUUUUUGUAAAAAAAAGAAAAAAGAAAAACAUAAUUAAAGAAAUCUUUUAAUUUUGCUUUUAUUUUUUUUCCCUUUUCUUUUUCCCUGAGAUCAAUUUACUUUUACUUUUACUUCCCUCAUCCCUGAAGUAUUUUCUGUCAACAUUCAAACUGUCACAUCCUCCCUCUCUUUACAAUAUAGCCUUGAUUGGUACGUACAAACAGGAACUCAAUUACAGCUUAAAACGAGGAUGAAAACGAGGACCCAGAGAGCACAGGAGAAAAAGACAAUUCAGAAACAUACACACUUCACAGGUUACAAGAUGUAACAGACAAUUACUAUAGAUAAAAAACACAGCUUUGUUAUGGGACAGGCAUUGAUACUCUGUUAGUACAACAUCCUUGGUAAGAAAUGAGUCUGCACAGGUGUAGCUAUUCAUAGCUAUGCUAUAUGUAGCUGAGGUAUUGACUGUGACUGAUUUUAAGGCAUACUGUAUUGUAAAAUAUAUUUGGAUCAUCUGUUCUUCAAUAUGUUAAUACAACUAGAUACUGAGGUAAGAAAAUA